AUGUCAAAAAUUUCUGAAAAUAAUAUAAUUGAUGGUAAAAGAAAAAGAGUAAUGUCGACUGACGGUGUUUUAGCUUGUGUUACAACCAAUCUAUUGAAAACUUCUAUCUAAAAAUAAGGUAUUAAAUAGAAGAAACCUUUGAAAUAAAAAAAGAGAAUUGUGAAUUAAUAAGAAUCGGAUAGCUCAGCUGUUUAAGUUGUUGAGAAACCUUAAAAGAAAAAAGAAGAGAAAGUGAGAAUAACAAAAAGUGCCCUUAAAGAAUUGAUCAGUUAGCAUUUUUUAAUCAUUGACGAUGAAGAAUAGAAGCAAUAAUAGGUAUCAAAAAUCCUCCAAAUUUUUAGCCAAAAAAACAGAUCAAGCAUUAAAUAAAUGAUUCAAAUAGUGAAAGUUCAAGUUCAGAUUAAUCAUCAUCAGAAGACAUUCCAAAAAGAUAUAAACAUAAGUCAUGA